AUGUCGCUCCCGCGCUCCGUUCAGACCCGGCUGUUUACCUUCUCAUCAUUUGCACCUUUGCGACAGACCCUUGUGCGCCCCAGAAGACCGCAUGCUCGUUUCGAGUCCACCAAGGCCUCGUCCGCGCCCAAGACGACCACAACAUCAUCCCAGCCUUGCGCCGACCUCACAGCAAAGCAAGCCGGUCGCCUCGAUAAAGUGAUCACGCGCACCCAACGCUGGCUCCCGAAGCGGUUCCAUGCCCCGCUGCAAAACUUUCGCUCUGCGCCCGGGUCGCAUAUCGUCGGCUUCCUGCUGAUCCACGAGCUGACGGCGAUUGUGCCGCUGUUCGGACUCGCGGCCGCCUUUCACUACUACGACAUUGUGCCCGCGGGCUAUGUCUUUGGGCCCUGGGCGCCGUAUGUGCAGGAUGGCGCUUUCAAGGUGCUGCGAUACUUUAGAAGAAAGAACUAUUUUGGCAUGGGCGAAGAGGAUGCAAGGGAGGGCGAGCAGAGAUUCGAGGAAGACCUGAACCGGGAGGCCGAGCGGGAGGGCAAAGGUCAAUCCAAGGGCGUCUUGGCGCUCUGGGGCAGGAUCCGAGGUCAGAACCAGAAACCUGACGAGAGCAGCGUGCAAGACGUGGCCGAGCAAGCAAAGAGCAAGACGCGGCGAGCAGUAGAGCUGGCAAGGGAAAAGGUCACUCUCAAGAAUACCGAGGCUGGCUACAAGAUUGGCGUUCAGCUGGUUGCUGCUUAUGCUAUCGUCAAGGUGCUGCUGAUCCCAAGGAUAGCAUUCUCUCUUUGGGUUACCCCUUCAUUUGUUAGGAGCGUCGCAUGGGCACGGAGAAGUUUGUUUAAGCGGGCAUAA